AAACACUACCACGCUUCCUUUCAAUCUCAUACACACCUGCAUUUAAUGCCACUAUCUACAUAUACUCUUCUCCUACUCUCAUCAAACUCCCACCCAAACAUCAGCUUUGCGACGAAAGCCACCAUGCCUUCUCUUCUUCUCUUCAUUCUCCUACUAUCUGUUUCUAUCAGUGCAUGCGAUGGCCGUCAUCCAAGUGUUCAUGACAAAGAUUUCACCAGAGCUUUCCAUCACUCAAGCAAGGAUGCUGCAGUCGCGAAGCUCGACGACAAGACUUCAGCCCCACUGAAGCCAGCAUCAUCAGAGGAAGAGAUUCGGAGCAGUGCAACCAUGGAAAGGCCGAAAGGCUUGGAGGCUCCUAUGAAGGUUGUCGAGCCAAAGAGAGAUGCAGUAUCAGAUGCUGUUCGAAUCCCAUCGCUGGCUAAGGUUUCAUGGCGUGUGCCUCGCGAAAAUCCAGGGUUCAAUUUGGAUUAUAUGGGCCCUAGAACACAUCCCCCAUCUCACAACUGAAGCCCUCUCUCGCUGUCCUCUUCCUACCUUCUCUUUAGAUGUUUAAAAUUAGUUAGGUAUCACAGGCUAUAUGCAUUUUGCUCGUUGCUAUGACCUGGUUCUCUUAUCAGUGUA